AAGAUGCAUACUCCAAGUCAGACAAAGCGAGAUGCCAAAACACGUGUUUUGAUUUUUAAUUUUCCUGCUUUUUUCGUGAUUUUCUCAUAAUUUUCAUUGAAUUUGCUUGCUCUAAAAUAGGAAAUGGAGUCUCUGGGACUAUCAGGGACUUACUUCUCUGACCAAGUUGCUCCGGAAAAGCACCCCAAGAGCAAAUCCAAGGAUGAACUUGAUGAUUUCUGUGCCUUCCUGGGCUUCAAGAGUGAAAUGUGCUCCACAAAGAAUACCAGUGACACCCAGAGUCGGGAUCUCCUGAAAAUUGACGUUGAAAAGGAAAUGAAGGACGCCUUGAAGGCUUCCGCGUCUAACACAAAGAUUUCUUUGAAUCAGAAAAAGAAGGCAAAUAAGGCUGCGCGGGAAAAGGAGAAGGGCAAGGAAUGGUUCAAUCUCCCAGCAACAGAGAUGACGGAAGAAGUGAAGAAUGACUUGAAGAUUCUACAGAUGCGUUCGGCUCUCGACCCGAAACAUUUCUACAAGAAAAAUGACCUCAAAGUCCUUCCCAGGUACUUCCAAGUGGGCAAAUAUCUUGAUUCCCCUCUCGAUUAUCAUCAGGAGAAGCAUUUGAAGAAGAAUAAGAGUAAAACAAUUGUUGAGGAUCUCCUGAAAGAUGCAGAAUUCCAAAAGAAAAUUAAGCGGAAGUACAAUGAAAUUGCUGCCAAGGAGAAACCAUACUUCCGGCAUAGGAAAAAUCACGAUCGAAAGCGUGGAAAGGAGAGGAAAAAGAAGAAAUAAAAUUUUACUUUUCAUCUCUA